AAUGCUCGAUGCGCACCUUGAGGUAUAAUCCAAUUUACGAGCCAUAAGAUAGCCAAAGACGAGCAUAUCACUCUAUCCACUCAAAGAUGGCAGCUUUGAGUAGUAUCACCUCUAAUUCUCUCUCUCCUACUCUCUACCCCACACAACAACCACUUCACGUCGCUUUUCCGACUUCUCUCCGCUCAUCAGCCGUUCGAUUUUCCGGCGAAUUAGACCGCCGGCGAAUGAGAGGAGUCAGUGUAAUCACUCGUGCUGGCCCAACCACUAACCAGUUCAUAUUCGCUUUUGUAUUCCCACUCUCUCUCCUCGCCAUUACUGUCGUCACGGCUUUACGAAUUGGCGAUAGACUUGAGCAGAAGUUUCUCGAAGAGCUUGCCAUGAAUGAAGCGAUAAGAGAAGCAGAGGAAGAGAACGAUGAUGGCACUGAAGUAGUGAUCCCAAGAAAAGAAGAACCUGCACUUCCCAGAGCUCGCAAUAGGCCAAAGCGUGAAGUUUGAAUUCCACGCAUUCUAUAUAUGUGAGGUUGCUAUCAUUUAUUUGUAGGGUAGGUCUUGUGUAGGCAUCUUCACAAUUGUAAUGCUCCAAUCAUUCAUGAGAUGAACUGAAUACACCUCCAUUUUGUAUAGCUAUAUUUUGGAUAGUGGGAUCUAUAAUGAUAAAUGCAAUAGGCCGGUAUCGUAGUAGUGGUGGAAUUUGAAAGGGAAGUUAACUUUGUUAUGAAAGCAAAGUUGCCAAAUGAAGGUUCAUUGUCAAAGGAUUGAGGGACCAUGAGAGUCUGAAGAUGCUAGCUGAGCUGAGCGUGUUGAACUGCUGAUUACCACUACUUGCUUUCAUUGAGAAGUGUAAUCUGAUAUCUGUGUAUACUAAGGAGUGUUAUAGAAAUUCUGUAGAUUCUAGCCUUUGUUUCCAAAAUUAUGGAUUGAAGAUUUAUUGCCCACAAAUUUUUAUUUAAAGGUGUAUUGUAUACCGGUAAAAAACUUAACUUAAAAUUACUCUGAUAUGUGUAAAAGUUAUUUAUUUUUUAGCGA